AUGAACAAAGGUGAUGUGGAUCCGCCUCCAGCGCCCAUCAAGACCCGCCAGUACUUUGGCAGCCGCAAGAAGCAGUCCCAAAAACCUCAAUUUGGACCGAAGAUUAUCCCAGAGGAGCCUAAAAAUGAAGAAGAUUCCUCCUCCAAUACGGUUGAGCAGAAGAACUACAGUCAAGAAUUUCUGGGACAAUAUAGUCGAACAACCUUCUUACCCAGUUGAAGGUACCUCUCAGUUAAGUUUCAUCCAGUAUUGAAGGACCACAUAAUCGUCCUCAGCGAGAUCAAUAAAGACUACUUCGAGACAAAUUUCCAAAAAGGCUUCGAAGUUGACACCCUAGUUGAUAAACCAGUCAAUAGAAACUUUACAGCAAGAAUGAAGAGCAAGUACAUUAAAUAUGCCAAAAACGUGAUUUCCAGAGGAGAUGUGAUCAAUAAGGCAAAAACCCAGUUCAUGAACUUCAGUAAAUCCUCCCUCAUAAGUGAGCAAUCCAGUGACUUCUUCGAACAUGACUCUUUUUAUGAAGGCGGAGAAGAUGACCCUCAGUUUCAAGGGAGAAAAGAAGAGACUAAAGCCCCAGCUUCCAAAGAAGUUCGAGAGUUUAGAGGUAUUAAGCAGGAAAUGAAAAGAGUCAGAGGGAAAUACCUCAAAAACGAAGCCCUUAAACGUAAAGAUGACAUCUUCCAAGAUCUUGAUGAAUCAUUAAGCACUGAAGAUGUCUACAGAGCGAUGGAUCUGAUCAUCCAAGAUAGUUCUGAGUUCCUCAGAACUACCAACAACACUAUUCAGCUGAAAAAAUCGAGGAUAAAAGGAUACGCAGAUAGUGAAUUUUCAGAGGAGGAUUCCUUUAACACAAGCAUGUAUGAUGAAGAGUCCCAGGAGGACUACUCUUCCUCAAUAAACACCACUGCAUUUGAAGAAUUAGAGGAAUAUCAGGGUAUAAAAUAUCUCCCUCCGCCAUUCAGGCACAAAUAUGAACUGUCUCUCUGGAAAGCAGAUGUGUUAGGUAUCUCCAAAGUAAUGUCUAAGUACUUCACUCCAUCGGAGAAGGACAUCUCUAGUGAUACCUCAAAGACUGAAAAAACCGAGGAAACUAAGAAGAAGAGAAGUGAUAACCAAGAAAUUAUGUUCAGCAUGGAUGUGUCCAUUGAUAAGAAAACGAUAGUCAUCAGUGAAAGAGAGCUAAUUUCUGAAGAUAUUUCAGUCAUGAUCUUUGAUAUUUACUCCUUAGAGAUGAUAUCGGAGCAAACAGUCAAUAUUGUGAACAAGAUUAAUAAGAAGUAUAAUAGAGAAUAUGAUAAAGACGAAGACCUCAACACGCCUGAGGAGGGAGAAUAUUGCCCUACCUCAGAAGGAUUUCCGAAAAUUACCAGCUUUGGCAACGGAGAAUAUCUCCUUGUUGGUGUUGGAAACAAGCCCAAAUCCAAGAAAAUCUCUGAGUUUAGGAUAUAUGACACUGAACAAGAGCAUAUCCAUUCUACGUUCAGUAGGGUGAGCCAUCAUAGCCUGGUUGGAAUUAUGCAUAGUAUUUAUUCCCACCCAGAUGAUCUAGGCAUAUUCUAUCUUCUUACCAAAAUCGAAGCUGGCUUCGUUGCCUAUAAGCUUGACAUGCUACACAACGAAUGCGAAUUCUUAUGCAGAUAUGAGGGAGAAGGGAUCCAGAGGAUCCUUAUCUCUGAGGACUGUAAGGAAGUAUUCCUGAUUCAAACCACAACAGGAGAAAAUGCAAGGCACCAUCUCUACUCUGCUCCAUUAGGAAAAACUGCUUACUUUGAUGCUGACAGUGAAGUAGAGAGCUCACCUAGAGUUGAAGUGGUUUAUUCUUUCAAAACUGUUAGCUCUAGUCUGAUCAUUGUCUAUGAGGAGUACAGCCAGACCAAAGUGGGCAUACUCAACGAUGGAGUGUUUAGAGCUUAUGACGAUAAAUUCCAGAAUGCCCAAAAUGCUCAUGAUUACUCCCUUCUUAAUUCUGGAAAUGUAUUAAUGAUGAAAUCUCCUGAAGAUUAUUCCUUCGAGUGUCUCAUACUUAAGAAGAGCAGUAAAUAAUGUUGAGAACUCCACAUACCAAGUGAAAGAGUUUACUGGACUAAAGUAUAAGUACCCAUAUCUGUGAUUUAUCAAGGGAGGAACUGAAGUAUUCAGGUUUAAUUUCUUCAGAAAGAGGUUUACUUAUCUCAGGCUCAAUUCCCCGCUAGUCACUUAUACAAAUGAUUCAUACGAGACUUCAACUUAUUCAGGAUUGAUGGAUAGAGGAGAGUAUUAUACUAAAAUCCAACUUGACCUUUUGGGAAUUAUGGAUGAUAUGGAGCUGAGAAAACAAGAAAACGCACCUGAAACUUUCCAAAUAACCUCUAAUAAAUGAAAUAUAUUGAAGCAGUAUCUUCCCAGAUCUAAGUUACUUGGGUGCUUCCCUGAUGACUAUGCCUAUUUCAGCAGCCUCAAGCCUGAAAAAGCCUUCUAUAUUCAUACUUCAAGUCAUAUAAUCGCUUAUAGUAUGGAGAAAUCAGGGAGAUGCUCGAUUCUAAAGGCAAGUUAUGGGGAGCGAGAAGUUGCAUACUAUCAAGGGUUUUUAUUCGCCAAAAAGGAGUCAAACAAGAUAUUCUAUUCCCCUGCUCCAUGUAAUUUCAACAAGAGGUCUAACUACACGACCGUGUAUCAAACCUCCACAGGGAUUAUACAAGACUUUUAUAAUGCGAAGGAGGAUAAUUCCUUCUAUUUAAUCGAUGAAAUUGGAUCUGUCAAAAUAGUCACCCUAGAGAUCCCUGUUGAUGAGGAAGGAGAUGCUCCAAAGCUAAAAGUUCAGCAUAACUAUUACAUCAACAAAGACUUCGCAGGCGGAGACAUCUUUACAAUUGCUGACGGAAUGCUCUACAGUGGAUUCAAAAGCUAUAUUCUUCAGAAGAGAAGCACUGCUAAUGAAGAGUUUCAGUCUGAGUUUAGGAUAAAGACUCUAGAUGGGCUUGAACAGACUGAAGCUCCGGUAAUCAGUGACAACACUAUUGUCUUUAUUGGAGUUAUCACCUCCAAUAAAUCUAGUAGGAAUCAGAAUACGACUAGGCAACCUAUCCGAGUGGCCCUUAUUAUGCCUUUAUUCAACUCUUCAAAGUUCAGGUUUGUCAGCAAGAAGCGAGAGAAGUACCUUAAAAAUGAGUUCUUUUACAAGAUAAAAAACACGAAGGAAGAAACCAUUGUCUACCAGUUCCAGUCAACUCAGUUGGGCUGUAUUGAGUUUGAUUUCUAUGACUUCAAUGGGAGAUACAUCGAUUCUAUCAAAUUGAAAAUUCCUGGUGUCACAGAUUAUGAUAACUUUAAGCUAAAGCUCAGUCCUGAUGGCACAAAGAUCUUCAUCAAAGAGAAGCAAAGCGACGGGAAUAUCUAUGACGGAAAAGUCUACGAGAUCGUCACGCUCAUUAAAAAGUCUCUUAUUGAGAAACUCAUGAAUUUCUAUAAGAAAGGCAAGCGAUACGAGUUCGGCACAGAAAACGAAAAGGUCUACUUUGACCUCAAGCUGGUCAGAGUUGUCAAAGAUAUUGAUUCUAUCUUUGGAUUUAACUGUGAUCCUGAUCUGACUAAUGAUGGGAUUCUUACUUAUGCCAAUGGAGAGGACAACUUGUACUAUGACACCCUCGAAAUCACCGAAUAUGUGAAGGAUAAGCUAUCUAAGAACGAUCAGACUAAGAAGUAUGAAGCUAUAGACUCAUACACCUGGAUAGCUACCAAUCGGAGCUAUAUCGCUUAUAAGUCAGAUAAAAUUUUUUGAAUUUUCUUCGAUAUUGAAAAGAUAGAGACUGAAGAGAACCAUAGUUUUACAAUUUACCCAUACAAGCCAUUCCAGUUGAAUAUCUAUUUAAACUUCCAUGAUUUGUACAUAUCAAAGGUGACUUGUGGGCCUAAUCCUGACAAAAUCGUGAUUUGCUGCUCUUCUCCCCUACAGGAGAACAUAUUCCUGCUUUGGGACUGCUACGAGAAUCAUGAGAUCCAGAACUACUCAAAUAAAGGCAAAUACAUUUCUUUACACGGUCGUGGAUCAGAUACUUGCUAUGUUCUGAGUGAUGAUAAGUUCUUAGACAUGGACCAAAUUUUGGCUAAUUAUUUCUUUGAUAUUAACUUCUUGGACUACUACGAUGACAAUGUCCCCAAAAAUGGCUACAAGGUCAGUGAAAAGGAAGAAGUGAUGCUUUGCAGAGGCCAGAUCCUCUUAAAAGUAUCAUUCAUAGAGUCUCAGACUCUAGAAAAAAUUGUGAAAAAGAAAGAAAUCCUUGAUGAUGAGAACAUCACACUGAGCAAGAUCAAAUUCCAGAUCAACGGAGCUACCAUUCUCCAUAUAUUUGCACUAGACGAGAAGCAUCUGGCUCUGAUCCUGAAUUUCUUACAGGAGAAUUAUAAGGAGUAUCUUAGUAUUAUCCUGAUCAGGAACAAGAAGAACUUAUCAGCAUUAGAUAUUUGUAUCGAUAAUGAAAGUCCGAGGUGAACAGAGUUAUUCUUGCGGGCUUUGUCCCACCUAGAAGGAUCUUACAGUUCACUGAUAUACACUAGGUUUAACAAAAUUCUGAGCAUGAAACUUAAAUCUUUCAACGAUUAUCUGGAUUCCUGAUUUUUCCAAACAAUUCAGAUGCAGACCACCAAAUACUUGCACUUAAAGAAAAAGGGGCUUCCCUGGGUGGGAGCGCACUACUCCUGCCUCCUAGAUGAGUACUUCAGAGGGAAGAACACGGUAGAUGGGAAGAACAGAAAACAUGUUCGGAAAAAGGCAGCCAACCUCGUCCAGAAAAUGUUCAACAAACAAAGUUACAGAUCGGAAAUUGAAAAGGUGAAAUCUGGAUUCGGCACCAAAUUUGUCAGUCUCAUGGAUAAGGUAUCUUUUCUGAAGAAGGACAAGAGAUAUAAUAAAAAUGACCAUGACUUGUCCAGCUUCAGUAAUCUUGAUAAAGCACAUAAUCACCGCCAGGAUUACACCUCAAUGGUGGAGUCUUCAGAGCUUAAUACCAACCAAAAAGAGGAAGCCGAGGGAGACUCUGAAACUAACAAGCAAAGGAGCAGCCAAGAUGAAGCCGAAGGAGAAUCAGAAUCUGGCGACCAAUACGAUAAUUCUGAGGAAGAUGAUGAAGCUAGUAAUGACGACCUCCAAUCUUCUCUCUUCGCUGAUCAAUCCCUCAAUGAAGAGAAUAUUGAUAACUCAUAUGACAGAAAGAAAAACCAAAGAAAUAAUGCGAGCCAUCCAAAGCUGCUUUCUCUGGUCAAGAACUACACUGAAAAGACAAAGGGUCCCCAAGGUGAACUCAACGAACACCAUGAACACAUUGAAGGAGUCAAGAAGAAGGAGAGGGAAGAGCAUCAGAUAGAAACCCUGAAGCAAGAAAGAAGAGUCCUUGACCAAAAAGAAGCCAAAGAAUACAGGCUCCCCAGAGUCAAUAUCGAAGCCAUCGAGUUUGGCUGGAUCCUUAAUGAUAACGAAGGCACACAGUUCCUGAAAGAGCUUUGUAAGAGUGAAGGAACGGACCUUUUUGAUCUUAGAAUUAUUCGUCUGAUCUUAUUGUUCCUCUGGGAACAUUAUUCCAAAAGACUGAACUUAUUGUUACUUUUGCCCUCAUUUAUCUAUUUAGUCCUCUUCGUGCUAUAUUCAACAUGGAUCCACAACAACAAGAUUGAGGAAGAGAGAAAAGGUGGGGCCUAUCAUGUCACAAAUUUGUGAAUGGUUAUUUUCCUCCUUAUACUUACAGUCUACUUCAUCAUAAUAGAAUGUUUUCAUUUCUGAUACCACAGACUAGAUUAUUUCCUACUAUCAUGGAAGCUACAAGCUUGGAUGACCUACAAUUUAACCAUAGCGAGUGUAGUAUGUGAUCUUUGGGAAGUUAGGGAGAGGACGUUGAUCCCAAUAUUUGCAAUUUGAAUCCUGAAUCAUUACCUCCGCUUGUUGUACUACGUAAAAUUCUCCGUCAGGAAUGCAUACCUAUCUAAGAUGAUUAUCCAAGUGACUACAGAUAGCAGAUACUUCCUGCUAGUGUUUAUAAUCUCUAUAAUGGGGUUCGCCAAUGCUUUCUGGAUCAUCCAAGGGAAUGAAGACAGGUUCACUGGUGGUACAAUCCCAUUGGCAUUCGUGUACUCAUACAGAACCGGCAUCGGAGAUUUUGAUACUGAUGGAUAUGAUGGAGGGUAUGAAGUACUUAUAUGGUUGAUCUGGUUUGCCUCGACUUUCUUCAACCUCAUAAUUCUCCUCAAUAUGUUGAUCGCCAUCAUGGGUGACACAUUCGGAAAGAUCCAAGAAACUGCUGAAAGCAAUACUUACAGAAGUCUCUGUGAAAUCAUGGUCGAAAAUGAGAUUUUAGUCAGCAGACAAGCAAUCUUUGGCAAGAAGAAAUACAUUAUCAUUGUGACAGAAGAGAAAGCUGAAGACGACCAGAAAGCAUGGGAGGGUAACUUUGGCCAAGUCAAGAACCAUGUAGCUGAAAUGAUUAAAAGAGAUAACAGCUCACUCAAUAAUAUCUUCUCAAGGAUUAAGCUCAAGCUUGAUUUCCUGAUCAACAAAACUUCUGAAAAGCUCACUGGGAAGUUCGAGAGGAGGAUAGACAGGUGAAAUCAUGAGUUGACUCUUCUUGAGUCACACAUCAAAGAUCAUCAAGACUUGUAUAACCACAUUCAGAGAUUAGCUGCAUCAAGAUAAAAAAAUUAAUUUUGA